AUGACGGUCUUCAUCGCAUCUUUGUUCCUCCCUUACACUAUUGAUUUCCAAGUGACGGAGCCCAAGCAUGGACAGCACGGGUCCAUCUCUAGCUAUGCAAAUGUCGAUGGUCCUGGAUCUAUUGUUGGGCGGCUGUCGGAUCAUCGUCUCAUGGACUGUCUCCCGCUAACACCCGGGGUCACGACAGAAGAUGAGAUGGUGUUGAGGGGAUAUACUUGGCAAGUAGAAGAUGAGAUUCCGAUUGCCAAUGAUCGAUUAUGGCACGGCCCUAGUGAGCCUCGUACUAUUCACUGGGGACACAGCCGGAGAUUUAAUCAGCCGCCUUCCCAAGCGACAGAUCCUCCAACACCGUCCAUUUUGAGUAGUCGCAGCCCAGCUCAGGGACCGAAAAAGGAGUGGUAUUUGGACGGAUCCCAGGAUCAAUUGAGCAUGAAAUACCAGGGUAGCACGCGAGUCUCGCUCUCCGAUACUGACUGGGUUGUCAAGGCCGCUGAACAAGGCCAUGGAGGUCUGCAAAAUGCCAUACACGCCGCUGAAAGGUCGAGCUUGCUUAAGGACAGAAUUUGGGUGGGCACUCUGGGCAUGCCUACUGACUCAUUGACAGAUCUUACCAGGACAGACAUCGCUGUGACCCUCCAGGAUGCGUAUGAUUCGUUGACUGUGUUUGUGAGUGACAACGAGUUUGAUGGUCAUUACACCCAUUUCUGUCGCACGGUCCUUUGGCCAGCCCUCCAUUAUCAGAUGCAAGAAAGUCCUCGGCACACUGAGUACAACGGUUACUCUUGGGUCCAAUACCUCAAGCUCAACAAGGCAUUUGCAGAAACAAUCAUCAAGCACUGGAAGCCAGGCGAUAGAAUCUGGGUUCAUGACUAUCACCUUCUGGUUCUUCCUGGCCUUCUGAGGGAAAGACUACCCCAGGCCGAGAUUGGGCUUUUCUUGCAUACCCCGUUUCCUUCCUCUGAAAUCUUUCGUUGUUUGAAUCCACGCGAAGAACUUUUAGAUGGGCUUCUGGGAGCCGAUUUGAUUGGAUUUCAGACAGAGGAAUAUUGCAACCACUUUCUUCACUCCUGUAGCCGGCUGAGGAGGCUGGAGAUCUCUGCAAAUCAGGUUCACCUCAACGAUCGAUACAUUAGUGUUGUGAAUUCUCCCAUGGGUAUUGACCCCAUGUCACUUUAUAUAUUACGCCAAUCCACCGAGGUCAAGGGUUGGAUUCGCAGCAUCGGUCAUAAAUACCAAGGGAAACACCUCAUGGUAGCGCGAGACCGAUUGGAUGCACCCGGAGGAAUCAAGCAGAAGCUUCUGGCAUAUGAGUUGUUUCUCAAGACCUAUCCAGAAUGGAGGGAGCGGGUGGUUCUAGUCCAAGUAAUGUCAUCUGCAUCUGAGACCCCAGAGCUGGAGGUACAGAUCUCAAAGAUCGCAAUGAGAAUCAAUGCAACCUAUUCAACCAUCACUCACCAGCCCUUAGUCCUGGUUCGGCAAGACAUCAGCCACUUUCAAUUCAUCGCCCUCUUAAGUGUUGCACAUGUCUUCAUGGCUACCAAUCUGCGUGAGGGUAUGAACUUGACCAGCCAUGAUUUUAUCCACUGCCAAGAUGGACAGCUUACCUCCCAGAAACAUGGAUCCCUAAUCCUCAGCGAGUUCGUGGGUAGUGCAUCCAUCUUUCGAGGUUAUAAGCUUCUCGUCAAUCCGUGGGAUUACAAACAGUGUGCCGAUGCGAUCAAAUCUGCACUCGAGAUGUCCCCUACGGAGCGGAAAUUCAACUGGAAUUUCCUGCUCAAUUGCAAAUCUCCCUAUACUGCUCUCAAAUGGCACACGGGGUUACAAGACGCUCUUACUAAAGCCCACGAAAUACAACAAAUCCGACAGACAAAUAACCUCUCUCGGCUUUCACCCGAUGACCUGAGAAAGGCAUACCUCGCCGCCAGAGCACGGAUGUUUUUCUUAGAAGACAGCGCAAUCUUCGGUCCAGCUUUCGGCAUGGAAGAGUCCAUCCCCUCAAUAGAAGCCUGUGAGACUCUACAAACACUCGCAAACGACCCCAAAAACAUCCUGUACAUGAUCAGCAAUCGGAGCAUCGAGCAGCUCCAAGAAGCACUCAAAAAACUCCCCUACAGGCUCGGUUUCAUAGUCGAAAACGGAUGUUUUCUACGAAACCCCGAAUCAGCUCAAUGGAUUCCAUUUGUGCCCGAAAGCUCCAUGAAAUGGUGUGCGGGAAUCAAAAAGAUCAUGGAACAUUUCCACGAGCGAACAGAGGGCAGCCGAAUCGAGGAGCGCCGCUGCUCCCUAACAUUUCACUACGAUGGUGCGCUCGACCGCGAAGUAGCCGCUUGCCACGCCUCCGAGUUAGCCUAUCAAAUCAACGGUGAUCGCGGGCGUGCGGAUUUCCACGUUGUCCGCGAGGCAACUUCUGUGAAGUUUGAACCGCCACACGCUGCUUUUGGAAAUGGGAGAGCUGCCACCUACAUUCUAGACCAUCUCCCCAACGCCAGAUAUCCCGAAUUUCUAUUCGCAGCCGGUGGUUCCCGUAGUGGCGACACGCUGUUUCGGUGGGCAAAUGAGUUGGCUGUUGCUCCUGUCGCAUCUCGGGUUUCAAAGUCUGAGCUUGGGAAAACACUCCAUGUCACCACCGUGACGACUAGCACACAUGCUACCGAGGCGAGAUCGGUGGUGCCAUCUGAUUGUUCGCUUUUGGAUGUUCUAGAUGAAUUGUCGAAUUUUACGUCGAGGGAGGAGGGGACGAAGUGA